AUGUCGACCCAUGGAAUACGGCUUCCAGGGCAGAUUUUGGAUCAAAUAAAGACGCUGAGCGGAAACGGCGAGCACGAUGAACGCCAGUUUGUAGCCAGGAAGCGUAGAACCAACCGGAAGGAUAAGCGCAAGGAAGAACGGCAGAUCAAGAAGCAAAAGAGGAGCCAAAAUGGAACGAAAAAUGGACAAAAGUCCGCAAUAAAGCAUGAAAAUGGUAAUUAUGGUGCUGAAAGAACACCCAAAAGUGUCAAAGGGACGAAAGAACGACAAAAAAGCCGUAAAAAAUUAACCAAUGAAGAAGCUCACGAUGAUGAAAGUGAACUGGAAGUUGGUGAAGAAAGUGAUUUUGGAGGGUUUGAAAGCGACGAGAAUGACCAAGAUACUCUUGGCAGUGCUGAUGACUCGGGCGAUUUUGACAGCGAUUUUGGUGAUGAUUUUGGAGAGUCCGAUGAAGAUGACUAUGGUGACCUUGAGAUGGUGGACAAUCCUUUGGAACAACUCCGCAAGAUCAAAGCACACAAAGCGAAGGAGAAGGAGGACCCGCUAGAGCAGCUUCGAAAAAUCAAAGAAGAGAAGAAGAAAAAGGAAUCGAAGAAUUCAAAAAAAGAGGAGAGAAAGGCCAUCAAGAAAUCAAAAAAUGAACCGGUUGCUCCGGUCGACAGCCACACUAUGAGACAGCUAGAACAGGACGAGCAAGAUAUAGCGUACUGGUCAAAGAAACUCGGCUUGAAAGGUGGUAAAAAAGGCAAAUUGACUGCACAAGAUGAGAACGAUGUUGUGGGUGGUUUACUUGACGGACUUGAUUUUAUUGACGAAAUAGGUGCUGAAAGUGCUGAGGAGGGAGAAGAAGGUGGAGAAAACUCAGAAGAUUUCAAUUUGUCAGAAAAUGAACUGAAUGAAUCUUUUUCGUCUGAAAGUGAAAGUGGCUCAGAUUCAGAUGGUGGCUCAGAAAAUCCAUAUGUGGCUCCUACAAAGUAUAUUCCACCAGCAGUUCGCAGAGAGCAGGAAAGUGAGUCUUCGGAGAACAUUGCUCUCAAACGUGCUAUCAAAGGACCAUUGAACAAGCUUUCGGAGUCAAACAUAUCAUCUAUUGUCAAUGAGAUCAUUGGACAAUUUUCUUCAAAUCCUCGGCAAAUUGUCAACGAAACCAUUACUAGUAUUGUCAUAGACAGUAUUGUGCUGCAGGGAAGAUUACUAGACACUUUUGUGUAUUUGCAUGCUGCCGUUGUUGCAGCCAUUUAUCGCAUUCGAGGCAUCGAUUUUGGAGCUUAUUUUAUUCAAACUUUAGUGGAAAAAUAUGAUUCCAGCGAUGACCAGAAUAAAGCGAGAUUCAACCUCAUCACGCUCUUGUCGUCUGUCUAUGCUUUUGGGUUGGUUUCAGCCAACUUAAUUUAUGAUUUUAUCAAAUUGUUCAUCAAUGAUCUCGGUGAAGAUAAUGCGGAAAUUUUGCUUCGUUUAAUAAGAACUUCUGGAAACCAGCUCCGGUCCGAAGACCCUUCGGCGCUCAAGGAAAUCGUUGUUCUCACCAACAAAGCCGCUGCAAAUAUACCAAAAGACCUCAAAUCAACCAGACUUCAAUUUUUGGUGGAAACCAUUUCUUCAUUGAAAAAUAAUAAACUUAAAAUACAUUCCGAGGCAACUUUCCAGUUGAUUACCAGACUCAGAAAAUACCUUUCAUCCAUAAAAAGCUCCAAGCUCAACGAUCCCAUUCAGGUUUCAAUUUCGGAUAUCAGAAAUAUCGAUACCGUUGGCAAAUGGUGGUUGGUCGGUUCAGCAUGGAAAGGAAGCAAUCAAGAAGAAAAAGAAGACUUCAAAGUCAACGAGCCUGUCGAUAUGGAUCUCUCAGAGCCCAAUUGGCUAGAACUAGCAAAAGCUCAACGAAUGAAUACAGAUGUCAGAAGGGCAGUUUUUAUUUCAAUUAUGUCUGCUGAAGACUAUAUGGACGCUAUUACCAAGUUGGACAAGUUAGGCCUCAAAAAAGCCCAGCAAAAGGAUAUACCUAGAAUUCUCAUGCACUGUGCCAGCGUGGAGCCGGCGUGGAAUCCAUACUACGGCUUGCUAGCCAGCAAGCUAUGUGAGAGCCAUUCACACAGAAAGUCGUUACAGUUCAUGUUGUGGGACUUGAUAAAAGAGCUCGACGGGUCCCAGGACGAUGAUUCUGAGCCUGAGGAUUUUCCGCUCAAUGAAGACCUCGAUGAUGAACAGCAACUCAAGAGAGCCUUGAAUUUGGGACGUCUUUUCGGGUUCCUUUUUUCAGAGGAAAGUCUUCCGUUACACUUGCUCAAAAAUGUCAACUUUCUAACAGCAAGUGGAGACUUGACGGUGUUCUUGGAGCUUGCUUUUGUCACAUUCUUUGACCGAGUAGCCAAGAAAUCCAAGCACGGCAAGUCCAUGGACGAUUCCCUUCAUCUCUCUCUUCUUUCGAAGAUGAGCCAAGAGCCCACAUUGAUGAAGGGUCUCAAACUAUUCAUUCAAAAGUUGCAAACUAGUGAGUAUGUCACUAGUGCCAAGCAGCGGGCACGGGUUGAAUGGGGAAUUGAAUCUGCCACCACAAUUCUUGAAGAAUUGAUUGCCAAUUCCGACAAUGUGUAG